AUGGACUCAUUAGUAUUCAUCAUUCUAGCACUAUGUUCACUUUCUUCUCCACCAUUUCUUGAAUCAAGCAUCAUCCAAACUAGCUUUAGUGUUGAUCUUAUACAUCGUGAUUCACGAAUAUCACCUUUUCACAACCCCUCAACAUCCCAACAAGAUCUCAUAAAAAAGGCAGCUUUUCGUUCACACUCUAGACUAAAUAGAUUCUCCCUUUCCUUAUUAUCAAAUGAAUCACCUGAAUCAAUUAUUCUACCAAACAAUGGUGAUUAUCUCAUGAGAAUUUUCAUAGGUACACCACCUAUUGAAAAGCUUGUUAUUGCUGACACAGGUAGUGAUCUUACUUGGAUACAAUGUUCCCCUUGUUUGAAGUGUUUCCCUCAAAACACUCCUUUUUAUGAUAGAACAAAAUCCUCAACUUUCUCAAGUGUCCAAUGUGACUCACAAUCUUGCACAUUGCUUCCUAAAGCACAACAACUUUGUGGAAAAUCAAAUGAAUGUUUUUACUCAUAUCAUUAUGGUGAUAGAUCAUUCUCUAUUGGUGAAUUAGGGUUUGAUUCCAUUAGUUUUGGUUCUUCUAAUAGUACUCUCCAAGGUGCUAAUAGUACUACUAAUGUUAACAUUACUUUUCCUAAGUCUAUUUUUGGAUGUGGAUAUUAUAAUAUCUUCACAUCUGAUAGUAGUGGUAAAUCAUCAGGACUUGUUGGUCUAGGAGCCGGACCGUUGUCACUAGUUUCGCAACUAGGGGAUUCCAUCGGCCGAAAAUUUUCAUAUUGUUUGGUUCCUUUCGCUUCUAACUCAACUAGUAAAUUGAGAUUUGGGAAUGAAGCGGUUAUAACAGAUGAAGGAGUUGUGUCUACACCUCUCAUAAUCAAAUCUUCUCAACCAACUUUUUACUACGUCAAUCUUGAAGGCGUCAUGGUUGGACAAAAAAUAUUUAAGACAGAUCAAACUGAGGGUAACAUAAUCAUUGAUUCUGGGACAACAUUGACGUAUCUCGCACCACCUAUAUUUGAUAGUUUUAUAACUUCGGUGAAAGAAGCAAUUGGUAUCGAACAAGUGGAAGAUAUGUCAUCUCCGUUUAACUAUUGUUUUACAUAUCAACCUGAUAUAAAUUUUCCUCAUAUUGGAUUGCACUUUACUGGCGCCAAUGUUACAUUGAAGCCUAAGAACAUGCUUUUGUUGUACCAUAAUGACUUGUUAUGUUUGGCAGUGGUACCUUCGAAUAUCGAAGGAAUUUCAAUUCUUGGAAAUGUGGCCCAAAUUGAUUUUCAAGUGGAGUAUGAUCUUGGAGGGAAAAAACUUUCUUUUGUUCCUAGUGAUUGUGCUAAGAAUUAA